CCUUGUUAUGUGUGUGUGCAUAUGUGAACAAACGAAUAAACGAUAAUUUUUUUUUUCAACAUACAGAAGCUUGGAUCUUUCUGUAUUGAAAUCAUUGUUAUAACUCGAGUUUUUUUUUCUAAAUUAUUUAUAAAUAUAUAAUAAUAUGUAUAUAUAAUAUAUUUUUAUUUAUUUUAAAAACUCUAUAUAUAUUCUACAAUAAUAUUACAAUCAAGACUGUGUAACAAAAAAUAUAUUUAACCAAUAAAUAUUUUCCAAUUGAAUAUAUUAUUGUGUAUCAAAAAUGGGAAUUCCAAAAUUCACCAGGUUCAUCUGCGAGAGGUAUCCAUGUAUUUUGGAGAUUCUCAAUGAAUACCAGAUACCAGAUUUUGAUAAUCUAUAUUUGGACAUGAAUGGUAUUGUUCAUAAUUGUUCACAUCCAAAUGAUGCUGAUGCACAUUUUCGUAUAACUGAAGAAACAAUAUUUAAAAAUAUAUUUCUAUAUGUUGAGGUAUUAUUUCGUACAAUAAAACCACAAAAAUUAUUUUUCAUGGCUGUUGAUGGUGUUGCACCACGUGCUAAAAUAAAUCAACAAAGAAGUAGACGUUUUCGUUCAGCAAAAGAUGCUGAAUUAGCUGAAGCUAAAGCACGUGCUGCUGGUGAAGUUAUACCAGAAGGAAAUAGAUUUGAUUCAAAUUGUAUAACACCUGGUACUGAAUUUAUGUCUAAGUUAACUGAACAAUUAAAAUAUUUUGUAACAUACAAAAUAUCAACAGAUAGUCAAUGGAAAAAAUGUAAAAUAAUAUUGAGUGGACCAGAGGUACCUGGUGAAGGUGAACACAAAAUAAUGGAUUACAUAAGAUAUUUAAAAUCACAACCAGAUUAUGAUAUUAAUACACGUCAUUGUCUUUAUGGUCUUGAUGCUGAUUUAAUUAUGUUAAGUUUAUGUACACAUGAGCCACAUUUUGCAGUAUUAAGAGAAGAAGUAACAUAUGGUAAACAAGAACAAAAAAAAAUACCAGUACCAGAAAAAAUACGUUUUUGUUUGUUACAUAUAUCAUUACUACGUGAAUAUAUGGAUCAUGAAUUUUCACCAAUGAAAGAUAAACUGUCAUUUAAAUAUGACAUUGAAAAAAUUAUUGAUGAUUGGAUAUUACUUGGUUUUUUAGUUGGUAAUGAUUUUAUACCACCAUUGCCAAAUCUUCAUAUUGCAAAUGGUGCAUUACCAAUAUUAUAUCAAACAUAUAUGGAAAUAUUACCAACACUUGAUGGUUAUAUUAAUGAAGCUGGUAAAUUAAAUCUUUCAAGAUUUGAAAAAUUUAUGGCUAAAUUAGCAAUAAUGAAUGUUGAACAUUAUCCAGAUCUUGAUGAUUUACCACCAAAUUAUAAAUAUCCUAAAAAAAUGAAAGAAUUAAUACAAAUGACUGAAGAAAUAUUAUUAGAGCCAUUUGAUGAUUUUGUUGGUGUUGAUUCAGAUGAUGAUGUUAAUAGUCAUUUAGUUACAUUACAAAAACCAUCAAGUGAACGUAUUAAUGCUAUUGAUGAAGCACGUCAAUAUGCUGAUAAACGUAAACAAGUUGAAUCAUAUAUAUCAGCAAUACAAUGGAAUUUACAUUAUUAUUAUGAUGGUUGUUGUAGUUGGUCAUGGUUUUAUCCAACUCAUUACGCACCAGAUAUGUCAGAUAUUAAAGAUUUUAAAGAUUUUAAUUUACAAUUUGAUAUUGGUAAACCAUUUUUACCAUUUCAACAACUUCUUGCUGUAUUACCAUCUGGUAGUAGAUCAUUUUUACCAGAAGCAUAUCAACAUUUAUUAACAGAUGAAAAUUCACCAAUUAUUGAUUAUUAUCCAGCUGAUUUUGAGACUGAUUUAAAUGGCAAAGAACAAGAAUGGGAAGCAAUUGUAUUAAUACCAUUUAUUGAUGAAAAACGUUUAAUUGAUGCAAUGGAACCAUAUAAUUCAAAAUUAACAGAAGAAGAAAAAAAUAGAAAUAAACAUGGUAAAUUUUUUAUUAUAACAUAUACUGAUGAAAAUCUUGGUAAAGUUAAUGCACCAGAAUAUUUUCCAUCAAUUGAUAGUCAUGCUAAAAUAAUAUUAGUUGAUCCAAUUGAUAUUCAAGUACCAAUUGAUAAAUUAAUUAAAGGUUUAUGUAAAAAUAUUGAUAUGAGUAUAUAUUAUCCUGGUUUUCCAUCAUUACAGUAUGUUGAACAUACAGCACGUCUUGAAAAAACAAAAGUACGUGUAUUUAAACAUCCAUCAAGAGGUGAAAAUAUGAUGAUUAAUGUCGUACCAAAAAAAUCACCAACAAUUGAAGAAUUAGCUAGUGAAUUAUUGGGUAAAAUUGUACUUAUUGGUUGGCCAUGUUUAUUAGAAGCAUUAGUUGUUGGUGUAUCAAAUUCUGAUCGUAAAUUUUCACUUAUUAAUCAAAGUACAUCAUAUUGUUUAGAAAAUUUAAAACGUGAAUCAUUAAAAGGACCACAAGCAACACAAUGGAUAUCAGAAUCACGUGGUAUUUAUACAAAUUAUAAAACACGUUAUGGUAUUGAUAUUGGUGAUAUUGAUACGUUGAUACAUGCAAAAGCACUUAAUGGAUAUCGUUAUGCAAUAACAUCAAAAGGUAAUAUGUCUAUGGAAAAAGUAUGGAAACAACAUGCAGCAUGUUAUGCUUAUCAAGUUGUUGUACGUAAUAUUCAAGUUAAUAAUUUACAACUUGAUAGUGAUACACCAAUAACAAAUAUUUAUUCACCAAAUAGUAUUUGUUUUAUGCUUGGACAUCCACAUUAUGGUGCAAUGGGUGAAGUUAAUAAAUCUGGUAUCAAUGAAAAAACUGGAAGAGUUAAAAUAGCCAUGAUGACAUCAAGUGAGCCAAAUUUUGAUAAAUUAAAAAUACAACAACAAGAAACACAAAUGCAAUAUAUGCAUGGUAGUAUUGCUGCACAAAGACUUGGUAUAAGUAGUCAUUUAUUGAGUAGAAUAACUGGCUCAAUAUUUGUAACACCAUCAACAACAACAACUGAACAAAAUGAUAAAAAUGAUAAAAAUGAAAGAAGACAAAAAAAUAUUGGUUUAAAUUUAAAAUUUAAUAAAAAAAAUGAAGAAUUACCUGGUUAUACUAAAAAAGUUAAUGGACAAUGGCUGUAUGGAGCAAAAUCAGUUGGUUUAAUACGUAAUUUUAUGGAAAAAUAUCCAGUAUUUUUUGAAAAAUUAGCUAAAAGUGUUGGUAAUGAUGUAUUUAAUGAAGAUGAUUUAUUUUCUGAUGGUAUUAAUGAGUUACUUGUUGAUGUUAUUAAAUGGUUAAAAGAACAACCAUUUAGAAAUAUUGAUAGUAGAAGUUGUGAUUGGCAAGGUCUUGAUCCAGAAAUUGUACAACAAAUACAAAUACAAGUUGAUAAAUUUAAUGAUGAUAAUAAUAAUUGUGGUAAAACACUUAUGAUGCAAGUUAAACCACAUUUAUUAUAUAAACCAGGUUUAAGUAAAGGUAAUAUACCACCAGAUACAAAUGCUAAACAUGAAUUAUUUGAUAGAAUAAUAACUGUUAAUGAAAAUUCAAGUGUACCAAUUGGUUAUAAAGGUACUAUUAUUAGUAUACAAGGUACACCAAAUGAUAUUAAUAAAACAUAUGAAAUAUUAUUUGAUAAACCAUUUAUUGGUGGUAUAUCAUUUAAUGGUGAUGCUGUUAAUCGUUAUGCUAAAUUAGAUCCAGCUGAAUUUAUUAAUAUCAGUCAUGGUAUUAGAGCUGAACAAAAUAUUUCAGGUACAUCAAUACCAGAUCAAAUUAAUUUUACAACAAAUAAUAAUAAACAAACAAAACAAACAUCACAACAACAAAAAGAUUCAAAAUUAAAUUCAAGUGCUUUUGCAUCAUUUAAUCAUAAUAAUAAUAUUAGUAAUAAUAAACAACAGUGUAAUUUCUUUCCAACUUUUGGAAAAGAUAAACAUACAAAUAAUCAUCAACAAAAACAACAACAAGGACAAUCAUCAAGUAAUAAUCAACAACCACAAAUUCGUGUUAUGAAAAAAAAUGAUAAUUUAUUGAUUGAUUUACAAACAGCAACAUCACCAUCUUCAUCAUCAUCGUCGUUAUCAUCAAAACAACGUAAUGAUCAAAGAAAGAGUCAUACGAGUAUCAAUGAUAUUAUUAAAACAGAUAAAAUAAAAAAUAUGACAAAUGUUUCUGAUAUAAAACAUGAAGUAUCACCAUCAUCAGAUACAUCAAAAAAUAUUGAAAUAAAUAAAAAUGAUAAUAAAACAAGUGAAUAUCAAAUGCUUUGGAAUGAACUUCAAAAAGUAUCAAAUGCAAAUCAACAAAAAACAAUGUCAUUUAAUAAAAAUCAUCCACCAAUUCCACCAGCAACACAAUUACCUGUGGUACAAUCAUCGCUGCCAACAACACCACAGAGUGCAACAGAUCAGAGUGCAUUUUUAAGAGCAGUAUUAAAAAUACCAAGUGAUAAUAUAAAUGAAUCAUCAACAAAAUUACAAGGAGGGCCAAUAACAUCAAUGGCAAAUAAACCAUUUGUAUUUCCACCAACACCACCAGCUCCACCACCACCAAUGGUACUACAAAUGUUUGAUCAUGCAAGACAAGCUAAUAAUAAUAAUAAUUUAAGACAAAAUGAAAAAUCAUCAAUAUCAAAUGCCCAACGUUUGAUAAAUCUUUGUCAAAUGCGAGGUACUGGAUUGCCAAAAUAUUUUUAUAAAUCAGAAAAAAAUUUAUUCCGUGUUGAAUUAGAAUUUCCUGAUAAAAAAAAAUUCUACAGUGAAUUAUGUACAAAUCAUGAAUUAGCUAUUGAAAAUGCAGCAUCAAAAGCACUGGCUGAAUUAUCAAAUGAUAAUGAAUUAAAUAGAAAGCCACAUAUUGAUAUUUAUCCACCAGGAUCAUGGUUAAAUAUAAUGCAUCAAUCAACUCAUGAUAUAUCAUCACAAUUAUUUCCUGAUACAUUAAAACUUCGUCCACAAUCAAAUUGGAAUCAUAUGAUGCCACCACAACCACCUGGUUUUGCACAAAUGCCACCAAUUCGUAUGAAUCAAUCUAUACCAACACCACCAUCACCAUCAACUUCAACAUCAACAUUAUCAUCACUUCAAAUGCCAAAACAACAACAACAAGGCCAACAACAUAAAUUUGGACAGGCAAAUGAUGCCAAACAAAAUGCACCAUUUGUUCCUUUACAAGCACAAAAAAAAACAAGAAAUCGUAACAAUAGCCAAAAUGAUAGUCAAAAUACAAGUGGUAAUAAUUCACGUGAUAAUUCAUAUCAACAAAAAAUACAUAAUAAACCAAAUAAAUCAAAAGGUUCACCAAAAGUUAAUACUGUUGUUGAUAAAAAUACAAUUAAAGAUGAAGAAAAAACAGCAAAAGAAAAUGAUAAUUUAUCAGCUAAAGAUUUAUCAACUGUUCAACCACAACAACAACCACAACAACAACAACAAAAAAUAAAUAAACCACAAAAACAAAGACGAUCAAGAAUCGCAGCUAAUUUUGGACCAUCACCAGCACCAAAUGGCGAUGAUAAACAAUAAUUUUUCUAAUUAUUAAUUUCAAUUAUUGAAAUUAUUAAAAUUUUGCUUUAUUUACUUUUUUUAAAAGUCAUUUUGAAUUUAUUUUUU